AUUCAUGAUGGGGUUUAUGUGUAUUGAUUUUAGACAUUUAAUUUCAUGAAGUUCUAUUUUAUUAUGUAAGUGUCAUCUCUAUAUUGUGUGGAAUUGAAUAGAACAUUGUGUCAUCCCUACAGUUCAAUAUGUGACCGCUAUUUUUAUAGAUAAAGUAACAACUAACACGACAUUGUUUUAUGGAUUCCUCCGAUAUCAUGAUCGUACUCCAUUAGCACGAUUUUUCACAUUCAACUAAUUCUCUGCGUCAUCAAUUAAGAAUGCAUUAAAACAAAAUCACAAGUUGAAUGGCCGAUUAGCAUUAACCUAAAAAUUUUGUGAUCAUUUCUUCAAUCGUAUCUAAAAUAAAAAUGGAGAAACUACGCUCAAACAAAUAAGGGGAAAUAAAUCUAUAUAAAAAUUAAAAAGAAAUAAAAGAGAGAAAGAGCUAACUAUUAAAAUACAUGGUGAUGACCACAUUAAUGACGUAAUUUUGAAUUAUAAUAAAUAAAUGUGAUGUUAUUUAAUAUUUAGCGACUAAUCAAAAAAGGCUGGUUUAAAGCCCAAAAAAAAACCCCCCCAUUACCAGCUCAUCCGCCCGAGUAUAAAACCAGAAGGCCCUCCACCUUCUUAGCUCCCAUUCCAUUGCCAAUUCCAUUACCUUCUUCUAUAAGCAUUUUCAACGCAUCCGUUCACCUGAAUCAGCUACUAGAGAAGACUAGAGCAGAAAGAACAGAGAACGAAAGCAAAGAGAAACCCCUGAUUCCCCAGCAAUGGCCGUCAAAAUCUACAUUGUUUACUACUCCAUGUAUGGACAUGUCGAGAAACUAGCUGAAGAGAUUAAGAAAGGAGCUUCCACUGUGGAGGGAGUUGAAGUGAAGCUCUUUCAGGUACCAGAGACACUGAAUGAAGUGGUUCUUGGAAAGAUGGGAGCACCAUCAAAGAGUGAGGUUCCCACCAUCACUGCCAAUGAACUUGCUGAGGCUGAUGGCAUCCUCUUUGGCUUCCCAACUCGAUUCGGCAUGAUGGCUGCUCAGUUCAAGGCAUUCCUGGACUCCACUGGUGGGCUGUGGAGGAAUCAGGCACUCUCAGGGAAGCCUGCUGGUAUCUUCUACUCGACUGGCUCUCAAGGAGGAGGCCAGGAGACCACACCCUUGACCGCGAUCACUCAGCUCGUUCACCAUGGGAUGCUCUUCGUCCCAGUGGGUUACACAUUUGGAGCUGGGAUGUUCGAGAUGGAGCAGGUCAAAGGUGGGAGUCCUUAUGGUGCUGGCACAUUUGCAGGGGAUGGCUCCAGGCAGCCUACUGAGUUAGAGCUGGGACUGGCUCACCACCAAGGGCAGUACUUUGCUGGGAUUGCCAAAAAAUUGAAGGGUUCUUCUGUUGAUGCUUAAGUGGAGAGGGAUUUUUGGGGAUUCUCCAUACAGUCAAAACUUACAAUGUGUUUUUUUAUGCUCCUUAUAUACAAAUUAGAAGCUUUGGGUUCCUCUCAUUCUGUGUUUGAAUAAUAAUGUAUUACCAUGUUAUCUCAUUGUUGGGCUACAUGAUUUUCUUGUAUCUUAGUUUUGUGUCGUCCUCUGUAAUUUUAUUUUUUAAUAGAAUAAUGGUUGUGUUCUUUACAUUACUUCUUGUUAAUGAAUUUAAAAUUUCAUUUAUGCAAGGCUUUCUUUUAAUGUAUGUAAUUUUUAGGUGGGUGGUUAGUUCGCGGUUUAUUGAUUCGCUAGCAAAUAAUUCAAACCGUAGUAGGUGGGUGAUUGAUGCGGGUGGAUCGUGGUUCGAAAAUUUCUUAUCCGCACUUAAUCGGAUGGGUGGUGAUUGAGUUGAGUCAUCCAAAUGACCCACACCUCAUUCUCACAUGACAAAGAGUUGUUUCCAGUUUAUAGUAUAAAAUAUCCAUCACAUUUCCUAACUUGUUAAUAUGUCGUGUCAUGUCCAUUAGAUAAUUGGUUGCAAAUUUUUUUAUAAGGAUGAUAUAGAUAUGUUUACUUAGUUGCUACAUGAGAGAAUAAAACCUGGAAUAUAAAUUAUAAACUAGUAAUUUUAUGAAGUUCAAAAAAAUCAUCAAUGUUAUGUACAGAAUUGGUUGAUAGAUUAAUGAAAGAUGUGAUGCUUCUGUCAAUGAAGUAAAAUCGACAUAAGUCAAGAGCAUUGGUAUCUAGGAAUAUGUGAAUAGUGAUUUUGUUUUCUUUAUCAAUAAAUACUUCAUUUAAAGGCCGAGAUGAAAAGUUGGUAUGAGCAUAUGGCCGUAUGGCUUAGGGAUGGCAACUGGUUGGGUUGGAGUGGGUUUUGUCAAAUCCAAACCCAAAUUCAUGGUUUUAUCCGCAAAAAAAAAUUUAGGGUAAAACCCGUUGGGUUGAAAAACUCAAACCCAACCCAACCCGCUGGGUAUCCGCGGGUUCAUGGGUACCCAUUGGUUUUUCUAAUAAAAAAUUUACAAUAAC